AAAUAAUUUGAGGUUAUGGCUUAUAACUAUGUUGGAUGAGUCGGAGGAGUUGGGAGGGUCAGAUGGCAAUGAGAGGACGUCUAGAGUGGGAGGACUUGGGAGGGUCAGAUGAGAGGACGUCUAGAGAUGAAGCUUCUGUGAGACAAAAAUCAACUUCUCUGCCUACUAUUACGAAAAACUUUACCGUUGAUCAAUACCGAAAUGAAGUCAAGCUGCGAAAUUGUUUAAACCUUGAAAAGCAAAUAACAAAACGGCUGGGGAUCGGAAAUAGAGCAAGGAGUGUUGCCUUUAAAGAAGUUGGGGAAAGAAAAUUCCUUAGACUAGAUAAGAACGUUCUGCUAGGGAGUGGCAGUAACGGAACUCGUGUUUAUCUAGGAACAUUCCGUCAGAGUGUAACUAAUGAUGAAAAGCUGGUAGCCAUCAAAAGGACACAAUAUGACACUGAGGCAGAGUAUAAAGCAACAUACAGAGAAAUUGAAAAUUUACAGAGACUAGACCAUUACAAUUUAAUCAAAUACUUAUGUGCUGACAAAGUCGAUGAAUACAAUCUUAUGUUUAUCGCUCUCGAAUUAUGCGAGGGAUCUUUAAUCAACGUCUUUGAACUUCGUAAAGAUGUAUUUGAGCGUCCCUUCAUUCUUCGUAACAAAGCUCCUCCAGAUGAUUGGCGGUUCAAAAAGCAUCUACUUCUAGGAGUAGCUAACGGAUUAAAUUAUAUCCACCAAGAGGGUCAUGUCCAUAGAGACCUUAAGCCGCAGAACAUUCUUGUUCAGGUGGACGAUAGCAACGAAUUUGGGUACAAAGCAGUUAUUUGUGACUUUGAGCUGACCAGAGAGUUAAAGCUUGGCAAGACUAAACUGUCUGUUUCAUCAGGAAUUGUCGGAACUCAUGGUUGGAUGGCUAAGGAGGUUCUCAAUAAAGGUGAUCAAACUAAAGCUUUAGAUAUCUUUGCUUAUGGGUGCAUUAUUCAAUUUGUUAUGUCUGAGAGCAGAGCUAAGGAUAUUACCCAUCCAUUCGGCCCUGAUAUUCAACGAGAUAGUGCCAUCAUGGAAGGUAAAAGGUACUCAUACAUCAGUACUCAUAUUGCUGAUAAUGAAGGUUAUGUCCACCCUGAUGGUCAAUCUGCAUCUUCUAGUAAAAGAAAUUGGGUGGGUUACAGAUAUCUUGGAGAUGCCCUUCUAGCUGACAUGCUUGUGGGUGUUUGUAUAUCAGAGAAUAUAAAUGUACGCCCCAGUGCAGCUGAAAUAAUAAAACAUCCAUUCUACUGGUCUUAUGAACAACGAAUGCAGUGUAAUGAAAGAAUGUUUAAUGCAUUUAAAGACAACUUCCAACAGGAAGAUGCAAUAUCCGUAAUGGAAUCAAAUUGGAAAGCCCUCGACACUCAUCCCCUUUCUUUAUUGGUACCUGCUGCAUGGGAUUAUUAUCUUAUGCAUAGAAGAAUAAGCGGAAGAAAGGGUCCCUCGGUUAAACUUAGUGCUUCGAUCUUUAACUGUUUAAUGAGAACUAUUCGGAACAUUCAACAACAUUAUGAAGACGCAAUUGGAAUUUUGCCAGACCUUGAUGAGGUCAUGGACGGAAGCAAUGAAUCAAUGGGCCAAUACUUCUUUGAGGGUGUUCCUCUAUCAUUUCCUGUUAUAUACAUAACAUAUCAAUGGUUGCAAUUACAGAGCAAUAGAUCGCACAAAGAAAAGCUAGAUAUUUACGAUGUGCAAAUAGAGACUCUUUUUGCCAUAAAGAAGGAUCAUUAUUCUUUGUAAACUGAUCAUGCAGUUCUUAUUUUAAAAUACAGUUCCCUUGGACAUUAGUUUGAUCGCCCGUGACCACUGACCAGUUUACGAAUUUAAUACCUAUAGUGAAGUUCAUAUUCAGCAUCCAGUCUAGUAGGUCCAUACAUCAAUCGUAUAAUAUAGUUUGACUUUAAAACAGACUCAGGAAGUCCUCGUGUAUUUUGUACUUACUCCAGCAUGGGUUCUUCCUCUUAUUAAUAUUAUAGCUGUGAUUGGAGACCAGCUUUGCUUACUGGCUAAUGUUUACUUCCAAAUAUGAUAAUAUAACUAUAGAUACAAAAUUGAUUUAAAAAGUAACACAUUUAAAUACUUGAUUUCCGCAACCUUUUUAUUUACAUAAUUAGUAACUUAUUUACUAGUUGUAAAAGAAACUAGUUGUUGUAAAAAACGUGAUUUACUAGAUUGUAAAAAAUGACGAUAUUGGGGAAGGAGAGACAAUGGUCUCCCUCUUUUAAUCUGAUUGAAAAUAUUAACACAGUUAUAUAACACAGUUAUAGCUAAAUGUGCGAUUCACUCAUUAUUUGAAAACAUUGCAUUGAAAUACCUACACAGAAUCAGAUUGAUUGGUAAAAUUGCUGUGUUCCCAAUUUUACUGAUGAAGUACUAUGCACACGCUUUUUUUACUGGUGAAGUUUAAUAGUGCAUCUUUUUUCAACAAAAAGAGCUUCUUUUCAAUAAGCCUUUGCUUUGUCAGUUUGUCAAGCUGGGUGAAUGUCGUGAAUGAUUUCCCCCACUCUAUAUCUUUAUAGAAGCUUACUGCCUGCUAUUUUUAUCAUUUUACCACUCAGUUAACUAGCUACCUUUUCUGCUACCCAUAACAU